GCUGAGCAGGGCAAGCAGCAGCCUGGGGGGCCGAGGAAGAAGGAAACGCCGGUACCGUACUGCGGCGCAUGCGCCUCCCUACUCUUCCCGCCUCCGUGUCAUCACGCCGGAAGAAAUUCCUCCUCUGGGCGCCACUCACAGCCGAGGGGGCGGGGACGCGAAGGAGGGAGGCUUUCUUUCAUUGGUCCCGCGGCAGCUCUCAGCCAGCCCCCGAUUCAGGAGUGCUGCGCCGGCUUGCCGCGGCUCCCAGACUGUCGUAAAACUGGCGCAAAAAGCAAAUCCGCGGUGGUGAAUAACGGCCUUUGCUUUACGGCAGAUUCCUCUGUGCGCGUCUGGGAUUGGCUGAGGAAAAGGAGCGGGUGACUCGAGGCGCACGCCCCUGCCCGGUCGCGGUUUGUUGACGACAUCGGUAGCGGCCGGCUGGCCGGGCCUGUGGAAGGAGCCACGUGGGGCGCUUGUAGUGGCAGGUAGAAAAUGUCUUUUAGAGGCAGAGGAGGAGGCGGAGGUGGCUUCAAUCGUGGUGGCGGAGGUGGCUUCAAUCGUGGUGGCGGAGGUGGCUUCAAUCGUGGUGGCGGAGGUGGCUUCAAUCGAGGUGGACGAGGUGGCUUUGGGCGUGGAAGGGGUGGACGUGGAGGCUUCAACAGAGGAUAUGACCAAGGACCUCCUGAAAGCGUAGUUAUAUUGGGAGAGUUCAUGCAUCCUUGUGAAGAUGACAUUGUUUGUAAAUGCACAACAGAAGAAAAUAGAGUGCCUUAUUUCAAUGCACCAGUUUACUUGGAUAAUAAAGAACAGAUUGGCAAAGUGGAUGAAAUAUUUGGACAGCUAAGAGACUUUUAUUUUUCAGUUAAACUGUCAGAGAACAUGAAGGCCUCUUCCUUUAAAAAAUUACAAAAGUUUUAUAUUGACCCAGCAAAGUUAUUGCCGUUGCAAAGGUUUCUGCCUAGGCCUCCAGGUGAGAAAGGCGCUCCAAGAGGAGGUGGUAGAGGAGGACGUGGAAGAGGAGGAGGUAGAGGUGGUGGUGGCUUCAGAGGAGGAAGAGGUGGUGGAGGCUUCAGAGGAGGAAGAGGUGGAGGUGGUGGCCGUGGUUUCAGGGGUAAAGGACGUUAAAAAGUGGAGAUAUUGGCAUCUACCUGAUGAAUUUUCUAAUGGACCUGAAAAGUAAAAAAUUGUUUUUAAAGCAAUCAAAGUAACAAAAUGUAUUGCCAACCUUAAUUGUUACAACUAAUGGAUACUUAUCAACACAUGAAGAGGAUGUGUUCGCUGAUGAAGAAUUGGAGGCAGCUCUUUAUUCCUCACUUGAAAUAUACUUGAACGUUUUUUAAUUAUCGAAGCAGAUUUUAAAUUUUAUGGUUUUAGAUUCUUCAUUUCUGACAGUCUAUUUUAGUCAGUGCUUGACUUCAUGUUGAAGUUGAAAGUAUAUGAUCCACUGAAGAAGUAAAAAAGAAGCUGCAGAUUCUCUAAGGGCACAGAUAUGAAUCUGUGUUACACAUGACUGAUGUCUUGUUCUCCCUGUCUUUUUAUUGUUGCAUUUGUUAUGCUCUGUAUCUUGCACAUACCGCGCUUAAUUUUUUCUCUUGUUUACUAUUUUGGAAUAUUUUCAAUGAUUAACACUGUCUAAAAAACAAAUAUUUCAACAUUUUUGUCUUUUUAAAAAAUAGAAAAUUUGUAUAAAAUGCACAAUGCAAGAAAAGGAGGAUAGUAAAGAAUGCUUAAUACACUUUCCUGAAUAAAUCUUAAUUAAAAGUAAAAAUGGGCCUGUAACUUUUGGGAAAGUCCAGGUUGUUAAUACCAUAUACUUCUAUAGGCCACCUCAGUCUUCGUUCCAGAUUACGUGGAAUAGUGAAAUGGUGUGGAGUGUUAGUCCCUUACAGGUGUGCUGAAAGACAAGUGUUGCAGAAAAGAUUCCACAAACUGCUGGCGUGUUUGUCCUAUGGAUCCAGGUUUUGGCAAGUUUGUCCAAUGAGGUGCAUUGUGGGAUGAGUGGAAUGCUAAUAACUACGGUGGCUCUUCAGAAUUUGGGUGGGGGGACAAUCUGUACUCUGCAGGCAAACGUGAAAGAAGAUUUUUAUAAAACCUUUUUAUUAAUCAGCAGGGGAAGCUGUUGGUAAUAUCAUUUAUACCAUGUACUGGGACAUUUUAUUAGAGGUGUACAAAAUAAACUGGGAAUAUAUGUUUUGUGUAGUAUUCUCAAUAUGGAAGAAAAUAAACUUUAGAGUGGAACAUA